AUGCCUUCAAAAUCAAAGAAAAAGAGUCAAGGCCCAACUCUUUAUACAAAAUUUAUCAAUGCUUAUAUGAAAGCUCGACCUAAUGAAAACCGAGCUGACAAAUAUAAUGGUGCAAAACUUGAAUGGAAAGAAAUAAAAUGGAAUGAAGAAUAUGUUAAAGAAAAACUUGAACAAUAUUUAGAAAAAUAUAAUGAAUUUGCAACAUCUUCAAAGGAAGAUAUUGAACGUCCAUUAUCACCUUCUUUUUCAACUCAAUCAAAAAUUAAUUAUUACCAACCGAAAAAAAAAUCUAAAAUUGAUCAAUCUAAUGAUAAUAAUGAAAAUAUCACAGAUGAUAAACAAUCACAGAAUUUUGAGGAUAUAAAUAAAGAUAUUUUCGAAGAUGAUGAUAAUGAUGAAGAAAAGAAAAAGAAAAAAGCUUAUUGUAUUAAAAAACGUAAAACAAUCGAAGAAGAAUUACUAUAUGAAUAUCCAAAAGAAUUACCAGGUGCAACUGGUGGUCCAUUUCAAGCAUUAGUAAAACAAAAAAAAACACCAGCACAAGAACGUCUUUUUCAAGCAUUAAGUUCUAUUAAUGAUCGUAUUGCUGCAUUAGUACAAGUUAGACAAAUGGGUUUAUCAACAUCAGAAAAUAGAAAACAAUUAAAACAAUUAAUAAAAGAUAGAAAUAAGAAAUUUUAUGAAUUAAAAUAUCUUCAAUCAAAACAAAUAUCUUCAACUGUACAUCAAGUUAAAAAAAAACAAAUUGUUCAACAUUUAUUUGAAACAAAACCUGAAUUACAUCCACAAUUAAAAAAACUUUAUCGUCGUAGUGCUGGCCGACCACGUGUUGAAGAAGAAUGUCCUGAUUUAUUACAAAUUAUUGAAGAAAUUGUAAAAGUUGGUGGAGCAACUGAUGAUCGAAGAUCAUCAGAAAUUAUUCGACCUUGUUUAACAUUAGAUGAUUUAAGAGAAAAAAUUAAACAAAGAGGUUAUGAUAUUAAACGUACAACACUUUAUUAUCGGUAAAUUAACAAAAUCUUCUAGAAUAAUCAUCAUGAUGUUUAUAUUCGCUUUUAAUCAAUAUUUCUCGACAAUUAUUUUAAGUUCUAUGAUGAUGAAAUUUUUCACUAAAUUGGUUCCGUCUCAUAUUUGUAAACAUGACAAAUAGAUAUAGUCUCACUCUCAGAAUGCUUGAAGUCGAACUCAUGAAGUUUAACAGAUGAAAUUUCAUUAUCUGAUCUUGAUACUUAUUUUUAUUGAUCAAAAAAUGAUUUCUAAUUAAAUUUAAGUUCACCUGUACAUUUACAACAAAUUUGAUUAUAAAAUAGAUUAAGAUUGAAUAUGAGCAAUCUCUGUGAGACAGAAGUCUAAAAAAAUAUAGUCAGAAUUAUUAGGUAGUUACUUUUGUUUCAGUGCAUUUUUUAUUUGAAUCUAAAAAAAAUAAAAUAAUGAAUAAAUGAGUCAUUCUAGUGUCUAUUGUACCGUUUCUUUUGAAAAAAUGAUCAAAAAUAAAAGUAAACGGCUGCACUUAAAAGUAUCACUAUCUGAUAGAGAGUACUUCGAAGUAUAAGAAAAAAUGGUUUUGUAAACUACCACUCUUUUCUUUUGUCUGAUUUAGAGACCGAAAGAUUUUUAGGAGCUUAUCAAAGGACUUUUUGUCCCUUUUUUGACUGAGAAAUGAUGGCAUACAGGAAUUAACAUGAUUUUAUAGGUUUCAAAAUAUUUCCUUUUGAGUUACAUAUCCAGAAAAAGUAAUUAAAUAAUUAAUUUUUGGCAAAUUUUUGUUUUCGGAUUUUUUUCUCAGAUAGAAGAGUAGUAGCCGCUAGAGGAUGGGUCAGUUCACUGUAUUUUUUUAAUAUCUUUCUUCAGAAAUGAGGUAAAGCCUUGAUAUUUAUAACACAAAUUAUGGUGCCUAAUUGACAUUUAUGAUAAAAAAUUAGCUCUUAAUUCCUUGUAGUUUGGUCAGUGGAUCGGCAAAAGGGGUGGAACACAUUGUAUGUCACAUGCUCAUUGGCACCACUAAGAUGUAAAUUAUUCAAAAAAAAAAAAAGUUAAUAAGUUUUGGUUUUCAUCAAUUAAUAGCGGUGAGUUUGGUGAAUCUUUUGAUGGAAGAAGAGUUGACUUAAACUCUUUGUUAGAUCCACAACUGGCUCAAAAGAGGGUGGGACAGGUUAUUCCCUAUUUUCAGGAACCGUUGAUAGAAGGUCAAAUUUCUGUGAAACGAC